AAUUAACUGAGGGCCGCUUCAAAAUGGGCCUUAGGCUGCAUUUGGCCCCCGGGCCGUAGUUUGGACUUGUUCUUAGUUGUAAUCACUGUUGACACGGUAUGGCUGCUAAUGAGUGGUGGAGUAUUCACAGCGUGGUUUGUUCCACUCGUAUUUGCAAAGUAUUCACAUACAGAAACAGUGCAGUGGAGUCAUUGAAACUAUAAGUGUAACAUUGGAUGCAACCAAGUUUAUAUUGUUGUUAUGAAAAUCCAAUUUAGCAGCCUAUAUAAAAUGGUUAGUGCAUGUUUUAAAAUACUCUAAUUUAAUAGUUUUGCAGCACAAAUGAUGCCUCAAUAUCCAUUUUACUUUUUUCCAUAGUAAGUCUCCAGAGCAGCUAUUUGUUUUUAACAGAAAAGGGGACGGAGCGUAUUGAGGAAGGUCAGACACUUUCACAUUUGUCACCAUGCAUUGAUCCCUUCUGGUUUAUCAGUAACUUCCUAAACUCUGUGGAAAACAAACUACACCUGAUUGGUUGUUUGGGAAAAGGUGGGAUGGCAGUGAUUCUGGUGUCAGACAGUUUCUGAUAGUGCUUCUCCUGUUAUUCAACCUACAUAUGAUGUGGGCUAUUUGGAACAUUUUCUUUUCUCUGAUAACAGUUUUUGGGAAGUUCACUGGGCUUUUUCAUCCUCUUUCUCCUCAGAAACUGACAUAUAGGUAAGCUGCCCAAUGCCUUGUUCAACAACUGUUAGUCUGACUAAUGUCGUGUUUCAGGGUAGUUGAACAUUUCAGCAUAUUUAGAUCAGUGUAGUUUGUUUCUUUACUGUAUUGUUUACUCACUUUUGUUUUGGACAGGCACCAUGAUUAUGGGACUCAAGAAAUUCGAAUGACUUGCAUGAUUUAAUUGAAGUAAUUGACAGGAACUUAAUGACCUUGUGUUUGUGUGUGUGUGUGUGUGUGUGUGUGUGUGUGUGUGUGUGUGUGUGUGUGUGUGUGUGUGUGUGUGUGUGUUUGUGUGUUGUAGGCGUUAUUUAUACAGUACAUUGCCCCUCUUAUUGCGUAACAGAUGACCCCGACUAUUGGAUUAUUUCACAAUCACUGCAGACAUUGCACCCACCCAUGUUCAUUUUUUAACCACCACAAAACCAAACAACGAAAUCCUGCUCAACCCCCCCUUGUCUUACACUAAAAACCCUCAUUACCUUUGUGUAAGAUGGGAAAAAUAAAACAGAAUGGAAAUGUAUAAAACAUGGAGGGUGCUUGUGAGGAGCUGAAAGGAGUGUGCUGAGAUGUCUGAUGGCUCUCUGAGGAGUUGGGAAGAGAAUCCAGGCAGAUGGGACAGGCUGGAUGUUUUCAGACGAUGUGUCCCUUAUAUGUCUCCUGCUCCAGGCGUCUCCUCCGGGCAUGCUCCUUAAGCCAAAGUAUGGCCGCUUUCGCAACGAGUCUGUGACCUCCUCCUCCGGCGACCUGAUGCACAGCUUAGCCAUGAGCGGCAAAGUUGUGGCCACACCAGUGGUCUCCGUCUCCGCCACCAGCCUCCCUCUGCCCCCCCUGCCUCAUCUGCCUCCCCUGGAUCACAGUGCCAGAGCAUCCUCCUCCUCCUCUGGGGCCGCAGCCCUGGCCGACUCCCCUUGCCUGGACGGGGAUCAGGAGGCCACCACCACCUUCUGCAUGCUCAUCCCCAGGAUGCCCCAGUGGAAGUUCUCCAACUCGCUGCUCAGCCGCAGCCCGUCCAGUUCCAGCUCCAGCAAGGACUCGGGGAAGGCGGCUCCUUCCACAGCCUCACAGAGUUCCUCCCCACACAGGCGCAGUGUUGCGGCCUCCGCCAGUGGCCCGGUGGCCAGCCUCGCAGCGGUGCUUAACUCCUGUGACCCCGUGUGUGUCACCCCCUGCUCCCUGCAGGCGAUCCGGGGGCAGAGGGCGGUGGCAGCUGCACAUUCGGCCGGUCCAGGGGGGCAUGGGUUUGGGGCUAUGGAGGCCAUGGCGAGCCCCGGGGGUUCCAGCAACUCCAGGUCAGGAAUGAGCCGCCGGACAAGGGUGGAGGGCAUGUGGCUGGGGGGAGAGGACUUCCCCCAGAAGGGAAACUUCAUCCACAAACCCACCCAGGGCUGGCUGCACGCUGACAACACCAUUGCAGGACCAGGGGCCUCAUAUAUAGUCAGGUACAUGGGCUGUAUUGAAGUACUGAAGUCAAUGCGCGCCCUGGACUUCAACACGCGGACGCAGGUCACAAGGGAGGCCAUCAACAGGCUGUGUGACACUGUGCCAGGCGGGAAAGGAGCAUGGAAGAAGAAGACCACGAACAAAGCUCUCCAGACUGUGAUGGGGAAGAGUAACCUGCGAUUUGCCGGCAUGAGUAUUGCAGUCAAUAUUUGCAUAGAUGGCCUCGGUCUGCUCAUCCCUACCACACGACAGGUGAUAGCGCACCAUCCCAUGCAGUCCAUCUCCUUCGCCUCAGGAGGAGACACAGACACGCCUGAUUAUGUUGCGUAUGUGGCCAAAGACCCAGUGAACCAGAGAGCGUGUCACAUCCUGGAGUGCUCGGACGGUUUAGCUGAGAGUGUCAUCAGCACCAUCGGCCAGGCCUUCGAGCUGCAGUUCAAACAUUACCUCCACAGUCCUCCCAAAACCAUGAUGUCUAUGGAGAGGUCUGUAAGGACGGAGGAGCCGGUGUGGGCGGAGGAGGAGGACUCAUCUGAGCACAACUACUACAACAGCAUCCCAGGGAAGGAGCCUCCCGUCGGGGGGGUGGUGGACUCUAGGCUGCGGCCCAGUGGAUCUCUGCUGGGUCACAUCCACACACAGCCUCAGAGCAAGACCGCAGCACAGAUGGGCUCACCAGCCAGGAGGGAGCAGACCUCUUACCCCCCCGGGCAGCUGUGCUAUGAGCUGCACUGGGACACGGAGACCACCAGCAGCUCAGGUCUGACAUCAGACGGUUACCUGUGUGCUGACGGCCAGCCUCCAGGCAACAGAGAUUACGAGGAGCAUCAGUACGUGAACACCCAGAGUCUGGAGAACCUGGAAUCACUGGCCAACGGAUACAGAGGGUCCAGGGUGCCCGAGAGUCCAAAGAAAGACCUCUUUGACAUGAUUGUCCUUGCAGGGCCCUUCGAGGACGCCCUGAAGCUCCACGAGGCCUGUGGUGGAGCUGUUGGAGCUGCAGGGGGAGGUGUGGGGGUCCUGGAGGAUCAGUGGCCCAGCCCCCCCCGCCGCAGAGCCCCCGUGGCCCCCAACGAGGAGCAGCUGCGCAGGGAGACCUGGUACCACAGCCGCCUGAGCAGGAGAGACGCAGAGAAGCUGCUGGUCAGAGACGGAGACUUCCUGGUCCGGGAGAGCACCACCAACCAGGGGCAGUACGUCCUGACAGGCAUGCACUGUGGCCUCCCCAAACACCUGUUGCUGGUGGACCCCGAGGGCGUGGUCCGGACAAAAGACAUGUUAUUUGAGAGCAUCAGCCACCUCAUAGCGUACCACCUGAAGAACGAGCUGCCUAUCGUGGCAGCAGAGAGCGAGCUGCACCUCAAACAGGUGGUCCGGAGGAAGCUGUGAGACCCCUGGCCCUGCACGCUGUUUUCAAAGGUCGCCAUGCAAAAACAACACGGAAAUGAAUGGAAUUAAUAAUCCCAGGAUGGAUAUUCUUCUGGAACAAAGGAUGUCACUGAUUUCCAUGAACAGUUCUUCCAAGUAGAGUGUCUCCUUUUACUUUCUCUGCCUUUUGCCCACAAGGAUCAACCAAACUAUCCCUCGCCUAUCAUAAACUCCUCAGCAUGCAGCUAUUAAGCUAAAACAACAACCAGAAUCUACAAUUUGACAGAUUUCAGACCCGGAAAAUUGUCAAAUGUCAAAGAUUUAGGGGACAUUUGUCUGUAGAGGACCCAACUUCGGGAAAUGGAAAAAGGAUUUGAGGUGACGUCUCAAAAAGCCUGUAAAAGUGAAGUGCUUCCAGUAAACCACCGCCUAUCACACACCGGACAAAUCAUGGAUAUCCCCAGAACAAAACUGUCAAUCUGCUACAGACACUAUGUACAAAUCUGAAGAUGUCAAAUGACUCACUGGGUCAUUUCUAUGUGAAUGUAGGAAAUGAAAAUGCUGCAACUCUAAAAGACAAUUUAAUUUGAAUGUAAAGAGUGUUUGUUGUUACGUGUUUACAGGUCUGCAGUGCCUGACUCUGAGAUGGCACAAUGGAAACAAACCAAGCAUGAUUAAGUGCUGAAUUUAUAAAAAAAAAAGCCACAUGAUUGUCUGCCUUUUUAUGUUUCAUUGCCGUUGCGGGAAGGAUUUCUGAUUCUCUAUGAUAACCAAGGCACCAAAACCCACUUAAAGGUCACCUAUUGUGCAAAAUCCACUUGUUCAUGUAUUUUCUACAUCAACAUGUGUCCCCUCUGCGUUAAGAGAUUCUGAAAGUUUCAGAAAAAAAUAUUCUCUCUCUUUUUGUCCUGAUCCAUUUCUAUAAAAACCUGUCUGAAAAUGAGCUGAUCAGAUUUUGGCCACUUUAUGAUGUCAUAACGAUUUUUUGGCUUGUGUAACCAUUAGCCAAUCAGCAA